CCGGAGAGGUGGCAGCAAGGUGGGGUCGAGGGGGCCCUGAGGGCAGGCUCGCCGGGCCCGGGAAAGUCAAUAAAAAAGGGAAGGGACGGGGGAGGUGCACAAUUCCCUCCUUUGGUCUAGACUAUUUUACCUCGAGAGCUUAUCAAACCUGAAGCGAGAAGAAAACUCGCCGGACAUCAACAACUCGGCCUGCAUCAACUCGUCCCCAAAAGAACAUCUCCCGCUUUCUCAAACCCACAAACCCUCGCUCCCCAAAUACAAACCACGUAGCCAAAACCAACCAUGGCCACCACUCUCAAAGCCGGCGACGCCUUCCCCGAGGACGUCGCCUUCACCUACGUCCCGCCCUCUGGGAAGCAGGAGGACGUCGUGGCGUGCGGCACCGGCAUCAAGUACGAUGCCAGCAAAGAGUUCAAGAGCAAGAAGGUCGUCCUCGUCUCGGUCCCCGGCGCCUUCACGCCCACGUGCCAGGAGCAACACGUCACGGGCUUCAUCGCCAAGCGCGACGAGCUCAAGGCCAAGGGCGUCGACCAGGUCGUCUUCAUCGCCUACAACGACCACUGGGUCAUGAGCGCCUGGGGAAAGGCCAACGGCGUUCACGACGACUUUAUCCUUUUUGCGAGCGACGACGGCGCCAAGUUCUCCAAGAGCCUUGGCUGGACCAUGGGCGAGCGCACCGCGAGGUACGCCGUCGUCGUCGACAAGGGUAAGGUUGUCUACGCCGAGAAGGAGGGCGGCUCCGGCACCGCGGUUUCGGGCGCCGAGGCUGUGCUCGCCAAGUUGUAAAAUGCCAUGGCGGGUGUAAAUAUGGGCAUUCUAUAAUGUCACGCGAGCAGGCGGCCCUCGACAGCUGUACACGUCAACGAAAAACACAAAAAUCUCGCAGUAUUCCGAAAUCUACCCAUGCAAAUCGCGCAGUCCCUGGUUUGAAUGAUUCCAUGCUACCGGC